AUGGCUUUUUCCACAAUAAGCGCUCGCCCUUUCAACCUACAGUUCCGAAAGGCAUUGGUGUUUGUACCAUCAUGGAGAGUAUCCCUGCCUCUAUGUUCAUUUUCUUCUACAACAAUUCAACUCUCGCAGCAAAGCGCUGAACCAUUAUAUCGCUACUGCAAGGGUGGAUACCACCCCGUUCACCUAGGCGAUUAUCUGAACAACGAAAGAUACAAGAUCCUACACAAAUCGGGGUGGGGCGGAUACUCGACCGUCUGGGCUGCGCGCGAUACCAGGAAUCAAACAUUUGUCACUAUCAAAAUAUGCGUAUCCGAGACAACCCAUCACAGUCGAGAGUUGGCCGUCUUGCACAUCCAUGGUCCAAACGGGACCCAUAAUUGCCUCGUAACGGAACUAUUAGGGCCAAGUGUAGCAGACUACCUCAACAGGUGUUCAGGCCUUACAAGACUUCCCGGACCGCUUGUAAAGACAAUUGCAAAACAAACCUUGACUGGUUUGUCCUUUCUCCACGAGCACAACAUCGCACAUGCGGACCUACAUACCCGCAACCUAGCCUUCACCCUCCCCACCUCCCACGAACAGGAUAUCCUCCAGAAACUAGGAGAACCCGAAACCGCACCUGUCCAACGAACCAACCGCCAGCCCCUCGAAUCCAACUUCCCCACCUACCUCUUUAUUCGAGCUCCUAACCGCCCAAACCCCAAACCCUCCUUCAACACCUUCCUCAUGACCCAUCCAAUCCUCAUAUCCCAAAUGCUAGAAAUGACCAGCGAUACGUUACCGUACCGUUGGCAGGGGGGAUGGCAUGCCAUGCACGCACCACACCUACUAGUUGAUAAUGAGGAGCAGUCGCUUCAGGAGUGGUUGGAGGAAGUGUAUUUUGACGAAGAGAAGAACCAGGAUUUGAGUAAGGAGGACACAAAGAGGGUGGGGAGGGUGAUCGGGAGUAUGCUACGUUUGGAGCCGGGGGAUAGGGCGUCGGCGGAGAGUGUGUUGGGAGAUGCUUGGUUUCAGGAGGACUGA